CCGCCACGAAGAUUGGCUGAGUCUAUUGAAAAACCUUUUGUCUUUCGGCUUGUCAUUUCUGCCACAUCUGACUCUUAGUCUCGAUGAAGUAUCGGAAGCAGGAGACUCGAAUCGAAAACUGAGAUCAACGAUGAAGAGAGGAACGAAGUGUAUCGCGCAGACCAUCAACUUGUCCAAUCCGGAAACAUGCGUAAGACCAAAGAGGAUUCAGAAGCUUGUUCAUGCAGACAUGAUGCAGCCUUGUCCGAGCAUAGUGGCUGGAAGCUCGUCUUAUUGGACUCCGAGACCGGUGCCCAUUAAAAUCUGCACGCGGAAAGACAUGCAAAGAACUUGUCCGCCAAAGCUCUGCGAGUGUCCGCAGAAGACAUUGCCGAAGACGUCGGGUUACAAAUUCUGUAACAUUCUGCUGUUCCUCGUGAAAAGUAGCAUCGCUGCUGGUCUCGUUUAUUGGACGCAUACCGAGGGCUUGUGGGGUAGCAGCGCCGACGUCGAGGACCUGUAUCGCAGGAUAAUGGCUACGAUCGCUCCCACUUUCAACGACAGAGAAAUCGAAUUGCCUCGCAUAAACGAUUUCAAGAACACGAUGAUACAGCAGUACAACUACACCUUGUUUACCAUAAUGAACUGUAUCGUGAGCGCGUCGACGAUGCUGCGGAAGCAACUUCAAAGUAUGUUGGUCGACGUCGAACCAGCCAAGGUCGAGCCAUCCGACGCCGAACCUUCCGACGAUACGACGGAUACCGAAGAGGAAAGUUAACAGUUACGCCAUUGUUAAAUCAUCCAAGACAAAUCCCUUGUGUAGUGUUGUUUGCCGUCGUCUCGUGACUUUAAGAAGUGCUAAUGCACGAAUAAAUUCGUAAAACACUGGCUCCGCUCUAUCGUGGAGAA